AUGAAGAUCAUCGCAGUUCUAUUAUUGGUUAUGUCAGUUGCGUUGGCAACGCGUCCUUGCCCAAUGGAUUACCGUCCAAUCUGCGGGUCCAAUGGGGUAACCUAUGGUAACCAAUGCGAUUUCGACAAUUACAAACUCUCGGAUGCAACCGCAUUCGUUGCCUACAAAGGUCGUUGCAAGAUAACUGUACCAUCCGUGCCAGAGUGCAAAUGCGAUCCUAAGUAUCAACCUGUUUGCGGAACAGAUGCUGUCACCUACCAUAACAGAUGUCUCUUGGAAUGCUCGAAACACAACGAUCGUAUUUUGUUCUACCUGUACGAAGGUAGAUGCGAAGAAAACCAAAAACGUAUCUGCCCUUGCUCAUUCGACUACUUCCCAAUCUGCGGCUCCGAUGGUCACACCUAUGCGAACCAAUGCGAUUUCGAUUGCAACAAAGACACUGACAGCACCCUCCAAGUGGCCAAAUACGGAUUAUGCUAG